UGAACGCAACGCAUCACGUGACCGCGUCUGACAGCUCAGAGGAGGAAAAGUAACAUGGCGGUGUGCAUAGCAGUAAUCGCGAAAGAGAACUACCCGCUGUACAUUCGCAGUGUGCCCACUCAAAAUGAGCUGAAGUUUCACUACACAGUACACACCUCUCUGGACGUGGUGGAGGAGAAGAUCUCAGCCGUGGGCAAAUCACUGGGAGACCAGAGAGAGCUGUACCUGGGUCUGCUCUAUCCCACUGAAGACUAUAAAGUAUAUGGGUAUGUAACGAACUCCAAGGUGAAAUUCGUCAUUGUUGUGGACUCUUCAAACACAUCGUUGAGGGACAAUGAAAUAAGAAGUAUGUUCAGAAAAUUACACAACUCAUUUACUGAUGUGAUGUGCAACCCCUUCCACAAUCCUGGGGACACCAUUCAGUCCAAGGCCUUUGAUGGAAUAGUAUCGGCGAUGAUGGUGCAAACUGGAUGAUGUCCGUUUCUACUCAUGAACAUCCUAUUGUCCACUGUACAUAAUACUGAACUUUUGUUUACAUGUUGCCUUUAAUUUUAAAAUGCAUAACUAAUAAAACUUAACUGUUGCACAUCA